AUGAACGGACACGUCCUGAGCGAUAUUCCACCGCCUCCUCCCACAGACCCAAUCGAGAGGCCGCCUUCGCCCCCAGCCGCCCCCUUACCACCGCCGCCUCCAGACACUCCCCUACCCCCUCCGCCGUCAGACCUUCCUCCCCCGCCUUCAGACCUUCCUCCUCCGCCACCAGAUCCAUCACCGGCCGAGCCGGCCCCAGACCUUAAGAGAAAGAAAGGAUGGGCCACAGCUGCGACAAAGAAAACUCCGCUCAGCAUCGAGGAGAUUCUGCGGAAGAAGAAAGAGGCGGAUGAGGCCGCUGCUAAACCAAAAUUCUUGUCGAAAGCUCAGCGCGAGAAGCUUGCUCUAGAAAAGCGCCAGAAGGAAGUCGAGGACCAGAAACAAAAGACCGAAGCCGGACGCGCUGGUCCCAAUGGAGCAACCCAAAAUGGCAAUAUCCCCAACGGCUCGUCGCAUCAUGGCGCGAACGGCGUCAAUGGCGAUGCGAGGCGAUCUGUACCUACAGGACCCCGAAGCCACCGCCCAGGCGAAGUGCCUACCGGGCCGGCAGCGAUGCGAUCAUCCGGACCUAACAGAGGCUACGACAUGCAGCCACCUCCUCCACCCAAACCAGUUGCCAUCGUCGCUCCCACAGGCUCGAAAGCUGAGAAGAGACAAAAUCCAGAGGACGCAGAGGCAGCCUUGAUCAGGCAACGAUAUAUGGGAGCCGAGCAGAACCAGUCCACGUUUUCAGCAAAGAAGAAGCGCAGGCGGACUACAGAAAAGAAGUUCAAUUUCGAGUGGAACGCCGAGGAAGACACCAGCCCCGACUACAAUCCGUUGUACCAAGCUCGAGCGGAGGCAAACUUCUAUGGCCGCGGCCGACUCGGCGGCUUCGCGGAGGACGUGUCAGAUAAAGCAGCCAGCAAGUACGCCGACGCGAUAAGGAAUGCGGAUUCUGUCGCAGGCGCCGAGCGCGCUGCCCGCUUCCUCGAGGCCGAGCGGCAACGCAAAGAAGGCGGCUGGCGCAAUGCUCUUGACAAGCACUGGAGCGAAAAGGACCUCAGCCAAAUGCGUGAGCGAGACUGGCGUAUCUUCAAAGAGGACUUCAACAUCGCAACCAAAGGUGGCAGUCUCCCGAACCCGAUGCGCUCAUGGGACGAAUCUGGGCUCCCGAAGCGCCUUCUCGACAUCGUCGCGCAAGUCGGGUAUACCGAGCCCUCAGCCGUCCAGCGCGCUUGCAUUCCCAUCGCACUCCAAUCUCGCGACCUCAUCGGCGUUGCCGUGACCGGUUCCGGCAAGACUGCCGCCUUCCUCCUCCCUCUCCUCGUCUACAUCUCCGAGCUGCCGCCCCUCAAUGAGGCUACGAAGAACGACGGCCCCUAUGCCAUCAUCCUCGCACCGACCCGCGAACUGGCGCAACAGAUCGAGCUCGAAGCCAAGAAAUUCGCCACCCCCCUCGGCUUCACCUGCGUAUCCAUCGUCGGCGGCCACAGCAUCGAAGAGCAAGCCUACGCGCUACGCGAAGGCGCCGAGAUCAUCAUCGCCACCCCCGGCCGCCUCGUCGACUGCAUCGAGCGGCGCGUGCUCGUCCUCUCCCAGUGCUGCUACGUCAUCAUGGACGAAGCGGACCGCAUGAUCGACCUCGGCUUCGAGGAGCCCGUCAACAAGAUCCUCGACGCGCUGCCCGUCUCCAAUGAGAAGCCCGACACCGAAGAUGCCGAGGACGCGGCGGCAAUGAGCCGGCACCUAGGCGGCAAAGACCGCUACCGCCAGACGAUGAUGUACACAGCCACCAUGCCCGUCGCCGUCGAGCGCAUCGCGCGCAAAUACCUGCGUCGCCCGGCCAUGGUGAGUAUCGGCAAUAUCGGCGAGGCGGUUGAGACGGUCGAGCAGCGCGUUGAGUUCAUCUCGGGCGAGGACAAGCGCAAGAAGCGUCUGCAGGAGAUAUUGAACUCGGGCGAGUUCGCGCCCCCGAUUAUUGUGUUUGUGAACAUUAAGCGCAACUGCGACGCCGUUGCGCGUGAGAUCAAGCACAUGGGCUUCAGCUCCGUCACGCUGCACGGCAGCAAGACGCAGGAGCAGCGCGAGGCGGCGCUGGCCUCUCUCCGCAAUGGAACCACGGACGUGCUUGUCGCGACGGACCUCGCGGGCCGUGGUAUCGACGUUCCGGAUGUGUCGCUGGUUGUCAAUUUCAACAUGGCGGGCAACAUCGAGUCGUACACGCACAGAGUGGGUAGGACGGGUCGUGCGGGCAAGAGCGGUGUCGCGAUCACGUUUCUGGGCAAUGAGGAUGUCGAUGUUAUGUAUGACCUCAAGCAGAUGCUGCAGAAGAGCAGUAUUAGUAGGGUGCCUGAGGAGCUGCGGAAGCAUGAGGCGGCGCAGCAGAAGAGGGUGAGGGGGCAGCCCAAGCCGAUGGAGGAUAGUGGGGCGUUUGGUGGGAAGGGGGGUGGAGGGUGGUAG